GUCACGAUUAACGAUGCAAAAUAGUUCGUCAUGACCCGAUUCGCGUCGGAAUUUCUCUGGUGACGUGAAGCAGAUUAUCUUUACGCCACAAGAAGCUUUUAUUACCACUAAACUUGCAAGUUUGCACGUUGGAGAGCCGGGGAAACGGACUGCAAGAAGUGCUUUUUAAAAAUCUGCUAUGCACUCUUAACUUGCAUUUGCAACUGAGGCAUGUGAAAGAGAAUGAGAGCUAUUGGAUGCCUGCGUCUCCAUCAGUGCCAGCGUUUCUCCAUGAGUUCAGUGACGGUCUCCAGCUGCUCCAAAUCAUUGCGCACGGCGCACCAACUGAAUCUAGACGCUCAGUCUCGGCUGUUCUCCAUCUGAGGGCUUUGAACAUAUUUUAUGAGCACCAUAGUAAUUAAAGCACUUGAUUUGACUCGUUUGGACAGGUGUGAUUGUAAAUACAUCGCGCACGCAGCUGAGUUUCGAUUCAGCACCACGGCCGCGGACAGCUCCUGUUUCCCCGUGACGCGCGUCUGGAUGGCUGCUGCUCGCGUUUCUCUGUCGCUGCUCUGAUCCGCUCCGUUUGCGAUGGCAUCUCACGGGUUUUGGUUUCUGGGUGCUGAAAACGCGCCUGGAAACGGCAGUCAAAGCCCGAACACUCCCAGAGCAUGGUGUCAGGCAGCGGCCCAGAAAUUCUCCGGAGGAAUCGGCUCCAAAUUAUGUGCUCUGUUAAAUGUCGGGGAGGCUGAGAAAGCAGCUCAAGCUCCAGUUAAAGCAGAAGAUGAGUCUACAGCCGAGAGCUGCGGCUGUAAUAAACCCUGUAACUGCCCCAAAGCCGCCUUGUGCUUCUCUGAUCUCUAUUCAACAGAUCUUUUACCUGCACUGGAUGGGGACGCGAAGACUAUGAAUUUCCUGCAGGAGGUUGUGGAUAUAAUGCUGGCUUAUAUAGUGGAAUCUUUUGACAGGUCAACGAAAGUGAUCGAUUUUCACUAUCCAAACGAAUUGCUCCAAAGGAAUAAUUGGGAGCUCUCGGACGAACCCGAGACUCUAGAUGAUAUUCUGAUCAGCUGUCGCGCCACGCUGAAAUACGCCAUAAAAACGGCACACCCCAGAUAUUUCAAUCAGCUCUCCACUGGGUUAGACAUGGUUGGCUUGGCUGCCGAUUGGCUUACGUCCACUGCCAACACCAAUAUGUUCACCUAUGAGGUGGCUCCAGUCUUCGUGCUGUUGGAAUACGUCACGCUGAAGAAGAUGAGGGAGAUCAUUGGCUGGCAGGAUGGCCGCGGUGAUGGAAUAUUCUCUCCGGGUGGCGCCAUUUCCAACAUGUAUGCCAUGCUACUGGCUCGCUAUAAAAUGUUCCCCGAGGUGAAGGAGAAAGGAAUGUCAUCCGCACCGAGACUGGUGGCCUUCACAUCUGAACAUAGCCAUUUUUCAAUCAAGAAAGGAGCAGCUGCACUUGGAAUCGGUACAGAAAGUGUCAUCUGUAUUAAAGCAGAUGAAAGGGGUAAGAUGAUUCCUUCCGACCUUGAAAGGAGGAUUAUUGAAGCCAAGCAGAAGGGAUACGUGCCGUUCUUUGUCAGCGCCACGGCCGGCACCACGGUUUAUGGUGCCUUUGAUCCUCUCAUGGCUAUAGCGGACAUCUGUAAGAAGCAUGAUGUCUGGAUGCAUGUGGAUGGAGCAUGGGGCGGAAGUUUGCUAAUGUCCCGGAAACACCGGUGGAAGCUGAAUGGAGUCGAGAGGGCUAAUUCUAUGACCUGGAACCCUCAUAAAAUGAUGGCUGUGCCCUUGCAGUGCUCGGCUCUGCUGGUUCGAGAGGAGGGUCUGAUGCAGAGCUGCAAUCAGAUGCAGGCCUGUUAUCUGUUCCAGCAGGACAAGCACUAUGACCUGUCCUAUGACACAGGGGACAAGGCCCUGCAGUGCGGCCGCCAUGUGGACAUCUUCAAACUAUGGCUAAUGUGGAGAGCUAAGGGCACUGUUGGUUUUGAGGCUCAGAUUGACAAAUGUCUGGAGCUUUCAGAGUAUCUCUACAACAAGAUCAAAGACAGGGAAGGAUAUGACAUGGUGUUUGAUGGAAAGCCUCAGCAUACCAAUGUGUGUUUCUGGUACCUUCCACCCGGCGUCCGCUACCUGGAGGACAAAGUGGAGAAAAUGAAGCGUCUGCACAAGGUUGCCCCUGUAAUCAAAGCCAGAAUGAUGGAGUACGGAACGACCAUGGUGAGCUAUCAACCGCAGGGAGACAAGGUCAACUUCUUCCGUAUGGUCAUCUCCAACCCAGCCGCCACCUUUGAAGACAUUGACUUCCUCAUUGAAGAGAUUGAGCGACUGGGACAGGAUCUUUAAAAACCUAAGGCGCCAAAACCUGUUAUUCUAGUGUCCCUGGAUGGAUCGAAUAUUUGUUGUGAAUGUAACGGUAAAUCUUUGAUUCCUCUUCUCCAAAGUCAUAUAAAGAUAGUAUGAUUUAAGAAAAUAAUAAUAAAAAAAGACAAUAUGAAAAUAUCUAGACUUUAGUAUUGUAGCGUUGUUGUGGGCUUCGUGGUCCAAAGCCCUGUAAAAGUGUUACCGUCUGCUUUUACUGUCUGUCUUAGUGUCUCUGACAUGACUAUGUUUGUUUACAUGUGUUUAUUGAGAAUAUGAAGAGUUACUUGCUUCUUAUUCAGUGCAGGUCCUAAGUUUCUAUUUGAACAGUUCUUCAAAGUGCCAGAUUACAGACUAUAUUAUAAUAGAGACGUAUUAUCUAAAUCACUUCAUCGUACCUAAAGUUUUUGUAUUCUGAGACAAUGUUUGACUUAUGUUUGAUCAAUUUCUCAAGAUACAUAACCAUAGGAAGAGUUUUGAAAGAGUUUCGACCAACUGUAUUGAGUGUGGACAUGAAGUUCAUAUAUAGUUUAAAUUAAUUAACGUAUUCUCAAAAAACGAGCCAAAAUAUAAUGUUGCGCUCUAAAAUUAUAUUUACAGGAGGCUGCCAGUGUCUUUAGUGAACAGCAAUGUUAUAUAAACUUGUCUAUACAGUCGCAUAUUACAUGCUACUGUAAAAAUUUAAAAUUCUAAAAUUUGACCAAAUUAAAAUGAU